AUGGGUGUAAUGGAUUCUAUAGCAGACUUCGAAAAUGCUGAUACUAUUAGUAUCGAUACUUUAGCUCUCGAGGAGAUAGUUCAAGAGGAAAGAGCUAGAGAAAUAUCAGAACUAAAUAGAUUAAGUGACAAGGUCUGUUUUCUCCACACCAACCUUCUGUAUUAUAGGAAUGCUAAAUCAAAAAUGGGUUCAACAUGUUACGAGGCAUGGAGAACACUAGUAAAGAAAGUUGGUGGCUCUCCAAAUUUAUGGAAGGAUUUGGGGUAUGCACUAUCUAUAAAUCAGGGUGAUUUAGAUUAUAUAGCUAAUUCUGUUAAAGAUGAUCCAGCAGACAUAAUAUUAAAAGUUUACAUGCAAAAUGAAUCAGCAACCAUAGACAAAAUAUUGGAUGCAUUAAUCAAAAUGAAUAGAUAUGAUGUUCUUAAAGCUGUUCAUGAUCCACUCAGUAGUAUGGCUCAAUGUUUCAAUAAGGACGAUAGUGGUUAUCAAAGCAAUAGCGACACUGGGAAAAGAGAAAUUAUUAGCCUGACAAAAAAUGUGCCAAAUGACUUGCCGCCCGCAUUAAAUAAAAAAUAUGCUAAAAAUCCAGAUAGACAGAAGCCUUCAUCUUUAAGGCCAUCCAUGAAGACUGAGGAAAACUCCAAGCGCAGUGGUAAUCCUACGCUAUUCCUAACCUACACUGAAGAUGGAUUGGACACUGCUAUCAAUAUUCAGCGUUAUGUAAAUAAUUGGGAAGAUUUUCCGAAUAUAACAAUUUUAACAUUAAAUAGUAAACGGGAGGAAGUAGUUCAAAAUCCAGAGAAAUUCAUUAGGGAAUAUUUUGAAAAGGCCAACUUUGUUGUUCCAAUCAUCACUACUGGAUAUUUAAAUAGAAUUAAAUCAUAUUCCCCUCAAGAACUAACAGCUAAUGAUAAUUUAGAUUUUAAAUAUGUUAAUUUUAUAUACAAUCUCAUAGUAAACUAUUAUAUACAUGCUUCAGGCUGCCUUAAUGAAAAAGUAAGGAGUGUUCUACCUCAAAAUGCAAAUGUUGAUGUACUAAGAGAUAUUUCAAUGUAUCCAGAUCUCCUUCCCUGGACGUAUGAAACAAAUUUUGACGAACACUUUAAAGCCUUUUUGAAGAACCUCCUUCAUGAGAAUUGA